AUGACUAUCCCGAAAUGCGAUACUGUUAACAGCCCUUCAUAUCAUCCUCAAAGCAACAGUGGAAGCCCAGGCCGGCCAAAGCAACUCAACGGCCGCUCUCAGACUUUUCCGCAAAGCUCUGUAGGCAACUUUGAACCAAACCUUCCGGCCUAUGAGGGGUACAUUUAUUCCCAAGCGGACCCCGUUUCAGGGCAAAGCGCAACAUGGACCCGUGUGGAACGAACCGAAAUGAAUCUAAGUCAACACGAACUUUUUGAACUGGUUCAGAAACGAGGCAGUAAAAAGCCGGCGGCUCAACAAUACCAAAACCUAUCAUGUAACGCCAAACGAGCGCAUAUCAUCCAACUAAUCGACGAACAACGUCGCAGGAAUCCACACGUUGAGUGGAGUUGUGUCUAUGCCAAAGAAAUCUCACAACCUUCCGAGGCUCCUCAUGCUCGCUAUGGAGAAUAUGCGACAGUCACCAUGAAUGUCAUUCUCCUGAAAAUGCCAAAGAACCAGAUGCAUAUCAGAACGAAAACCGGAGGCUCUGUGACUAGACAUUCAGAUCCUGGCGUGGACACGAGUCACCGGGCACGCAAGCAACAACAAUGCAUUGCACCCAAUCAGUCAAGGACCAUCGACAAUGCAUUGGACAGUCCAGCGCCUAGCCCUGCCGACAGCAGCGAGAUGAGCUUCGAGCAUAGCUCGGGCUGGUCAUCUGAUGGCAGCAGUGAUCCAAAUGCCGACUCGAUGUUGUUCGAGAGAUAUGACGAGACCUCUGAUACGGACGACUCUGAAUCCACGUACAACGCUCAUCAAGAGGUACGACCCAUGCAACAGCCUGAGAUUCCUCGGCUUGGAAGCCCUCGGGGCCAUGAGCCCAGCCACACCCGUGCAAAUUCAAAUAGUCGCAGUGGUGACCGCAGAAGAGAGAGAGUUAUUCCGCUUCGUAGUAAAUUUGAAGUACUUGCGGCAAAGACUAUCGGUCCAAAGCGAUUUGAUAGGGCUAGAUCCAGCGGAUCUAUGUCUGGAAGGCGAUACAAGAUGCAACUGAUCAAUGACAAUGAGAUACGCAGCCAACUUCUUGACAACCGUGAGGCAAGCAUUGGACAUCGAGAGAAGAGACUUAAAAGAUCUUAUUAUGAAGCCCUUGAGCCAGCGCAGCGUCAAUCCGUAAAAGAAAAUGUUGCCCCGGUUUGUCGAUGUACUUGUCGCUGCGCAGUCAGGGAUAAGAGAGAAGUUGAUUGA